AUGUCACCAGUGCAGAAAUACAAUUUGCAUUAUUAUCACCUCCUAAUAGAUGGUUAUCUCGACUGUGAAUUAAGUAUAACAUCAUCAAAUCGGAUUCUAUUUUUGGUAAAGGACAUCCGACGGCGAGCGGAAGUCUGCCCCUGGUUAGCAACAGGUGUGCGAUGUAGAGCCACCAAACCAAUCCACACCUCCAUCUAUCCUCGUUUACCACCAGACAGGACAAGGCUCAAGAUCAGGCCGACACGAACGCAACAGACUGACAAACGACGGAGCCGGAAUCCAUCUCAUCCGGCCGACGAGCACGGCGCGGCGUUCCCUCUCGAUGGCAAAGAACAAAACCAAUUGUUGCAAAAAGUGGAAUUAGCAGAGUCUACAUUUGCAGAUGAUUUGGUGUUGGUAACUGGCAGUGUUGGGAGUCUACAGGAAAAUUUGAACAUUUGGAACACAGUACUUGAAGAUAAUAGUAUGAAACUAAAUAAACUUAAAACUAAAGUUAUGGCUGUGUCAAAUGAAAAACUCAAUAUGGACAUACGAAUAGAUAAUAUUCUUCAUCGAAAUAGAUUCUUCAUCUACAAAAAUUAUUUAAGCUCCACACAUGUGCACUUUGCUGAUAAUAGAGAUGACCUGAAAAUCGUCAAAAGACGAAUAGUCCAAAGUACCUCCCAAUGGCCUCAAAUCUUCUAUACUUCAAUCGAUAAAAUUGAGUUUCCACUAUUCCGGCAACAAUGUAGUACCACAGAACGCCAGUUGUGGGAAGACGCAGUGCGUACAGCAAGUGUUCGUUUUAACAAAGAAGUUGGAUUUUUCGUGGAAAAACGUGUAAAGGAAACGUGGCGUACGCCCAGUUCCAAUGGUGCAGGGAGCGGUAUGUCGGGGAAAAAUAAACCGCCAGACAUAGAAAGAAGAUGUGAAGUGUGUGAUGAGGAGAUCCGUAAAGGAGGUGCUAAGGUAAUGUGUAGCAAUGUAAGCUGCGGAAUCACCCUCCAUCAAAAGUGCUUUGCCUCAAUUGCUAAGGUUAUUAAGUUAGACAAAGCUGAAUGGUUGUGCAAAAAUUGUGACGAAGAAAGCGAUUCUUCGAUUAACACUGUAAUAACAUCUGAUGGAGAUUUGUCAAGGGAGUUAACUACGGUUAAACAUGAUGUGCAAAUUUUGACUGACCUUGUGAAUGAACUUAAACGUGCAAAUGAGAUUUUGUUGGCUAAAAUUGAGCAACUAACAGUCAAUAAGUCUCCCGGUGUACAAACACCUUAUCUAAUUAGGAAUAUAUCUUAUAGUCAAGCUGUUUCGACGAAUGUGAAAAAUGAGACCAAAUCUGUAUUGGUUAUAACUUCAAAAAGUGAUAAAGAAACAAACAUGGAUGUCUUAAAAAAUAUAAAGGCUAACGUUAAUCCAGCAACUGAAAAAAUUAGUAUUAGCAGCACCAAACUUGUGAAACAGGGAAUGCUCGUAAAAUGUUCAAAUGAUGAAUCUUUACAGAAACUAAAAGCAAUAGUUGAGGAAAAAUUCAGUCGUCAGUAUAAAAUAACUACACCUAAAUCUUUCAAGCCCCGUGUCUUAGUUUCUGAUGUGGAUAAAUCUCUUGAUAACAAUGAUGAUUUUAUUCAGUCGUUGGUGCAAAACAAUACAUUUCUGGUUGAUUGCGACAUAAAGAUAAUAACUAUGCUGAAGUUAAAAUAUUCUUUAAGUUAUGUCAUAGAAGUGGACCCGGAGAUUAUCUAUUACAUCGCGAACCUCGUUAAAUGUGACUUCAGAAAAAGAAAACAGAGGUGCCGGUACCACGAAAUCAAUAUUAUUAACAGGAUCUAA